AUGUCUCAAGGUCCCUCUUUUGCUACUCGUACAUCUGAGUCGAUUCUUAAUCCUAGAGUUGUUGAAGUCGACGAAAAAAUAGAAGAAGAAGUGGAGGAGGAGGAGGAGGAGGAGUUGGUGAAUGAUAUAUCUGCGUCGAUUCUUGAUAAUAGAGUUGAUGAUAUCAAUGAAGAAAUAGAAGAAGUAGAAGAAGAGGAUGAGGACGCGGAGGAGUUUGCGAAUAAUAUAUCUGAAUUGAUUCUUGAUCACAGAGUUGAUGAAAUCGAUCAAGAAAUAGAAGAAGAGGAGGCAGAGGCGGAGGCGAAGGAAGAAGAAGAGGUUGCGAAUGAUAUAUCUGAGCCGAUUCUUGAUGAUGCUCCUGAUGAAAUGGAUGAAGAAAUUAUUGAAGAAGAACAGGAGGAAGAAGAGUUUGCUAGUGACAUAACUGAGAGAGUUUUUAGUAUGAUACAAGAAGUGGAGGUGGCACAGGAGUUUGUGAAUAAUAUAUCUGAGUCAAUUUUUGGUAUUAGCCUUGAUGAUGAAGUUGUUGUAGAAUUUAUAGAAGAAGAGGAGGAGGAAGAGGAAGAGGAGUUUGAGAUUGACUUAUCUGAGAGGAUUCUAAGAAUUAUACAAGAAGUAGAGGUGGCACGGGAGUUUGCGAAUAACAUAUCUGAGUCGAUUUUUGGUAAUAGUCUUGAUGAUGAAAUUGUUGAAGAAAUUAUAGAAGAAGAGGACGAGGAGGAAGAAGAAGAGGAGUUUGAGGCUGAAAUAUCUGAGAAUCUAGAAAUAAGAACAUAUUAUGCUCCUGUUGCUCUAAAUAUAGAUGUUAAUGAAGGUGAUGCUGCUCUUGAGGAACAAGAAGCAUGUGCUAUCUGCUUAUUUGAAUAUCAAGAUGAAGAUAUCAUUGGCACACUUCGAUGCGGCCAUGAAUUUCAUGGAGAUUGCAUCAUCAAGUGGUUGCAGAGGAAGAAAGUGUGUUUGCAGAGCUCACUCCGGUUUUGCUCACACAUGACUCCUACAGUAUUCUUAAUCUUGUGA